GAACAUUUUGAUGGGGUACUGGAUGAGGGUACGGUGGCUGAGGCCCUGUACAAACUGGGGCGUUCAGCCCCUGGCGCCAAGUUUGUUUACCUUAAUCUGUCGCUUUCAGGGCGUAAUUUAAGUGACAUUAGCAUUCUUUCCAGAUACAUUCACCUAGAGAAGUUGGAGCUUUCAUACAAUAAAAUUAAUGAUCUGUCUUGUGUCAGUCAUAUGCCUUAUUUACUGGAACUUGACGCUUCCAAUAAUGAACUGACUACCUACUUUGAUUUCAAGCCACCUAAAAAUCUCAAGGAGGUGGAUUUUUCAUACAAUCAAAUACCUGAAAUGCGAGAUCUGUCUGCAUACCAGUCACUUACUAAACUCACAUUGGACCAUAAUAAUAUAGAGGAGAUCAAAGGACUAGAGAAAUGCCGUAGUCUGACUUUCCUUAGCUUGGCACACAACAGGAUCACUACAAUCAGUGGUUUGAAAAACUUACCUGUCAAAAUACUCUGUCUGUGCUCUAACCAGAUUGAGAAGAUAACUGGUUUGGAGGACCUGAAAGUCCUCCAGAACUUGGACUUGUCCAGUAAUAAAAUCAGUAGCUUAGAAGGUUUGGAGGAACAUGAUCUACUAGAAGUGAUCAACCUAGAAAAUAAUCAGAUUUCUGAACUGGGUGAGCUGGAAUAUAUUGAAGACCUGCCUCUCCUCAGAGUGCUCAAUCUGUUAAGAAACCCAGUACAGGAACAAACAGAUUAUUGGCUCUUGGUGAUUUUCAUAUUGCUCCGACUAACAGAGUUGGAUCACAAGAAGAUUAAAGUGGAAGAAAAGAUGAUUACGAUGAGGCAUACACACAGCUGAGUCUCCUCAUAAAGGAAUACCUAGGUAUGGUACAGCCUUCAGAUUUGGACAGCAGUUGGGUGUUGGACGACAAAGCAAUCACAGAUUUCAGCUCACUGUCUUUUGGAGAUCACAAAGCUUUAACCAGUGGAGGGACCAUUAGAAUUGCCCAGCCUUCUGACCUCAAUGAAUUUUCGGACUCUUCAGCCAAAAACUACUCUGCUAGAAUCUCAGCCAAACUUGCUGCACAAAAGACACCAGCGGAAGAAGCAUCUCUGCAGAGGCGGCAAUGUGCAGCACGUCAGGCGCUGUUGGGGAAGACUCCUAGUGCAUAUGCCCAACUGUUUCAAAGGCAUCUUGCAAGUACCCCCGCAGCGAUCAGCCCACACAGAUUACUGGAGCCACCAUCAUAUACCUCUAUGCUCCCAAGUGGAAGUAAUGUCACCCAAGACCGGAGCCUGCCCCCUGCUAGCCCAGACACCAGCUCCAGAGAAUCACGUGCCACCAGUGGGUUAUCUAUAAUGUCCUCGGCUGGCGCAUUUUCUACAGAAAACUUGUCUGCCCGGAGCCCAGUUCCUAGUGCUCGAUACUCCGAAGAGGCCAAUGCAGAAUGUGGGGACAUUGGAGGAGUCCGCAAUGGAAUGGAAAGUUUGAAAGACGCUGAACUCUCUAGUGACACGCUUGAAAAAAAAGCCAGCAAAUCCAAGUCUGGUUCUCCUCGUGUGCCCCAGAUUGCAAACCGACCAGGCUCCAACACCAAACCCGUCCUACCUCCAAUCCCAUCAGGGCGGAAAAAGACAAACCCUUGAGGGUUGACAUCGGCUGAGGCAUUGCCUUGAUCAUGCCCAUUUCUGCAGUCUAACUUGAAUACUGGUUUUGAUAUAAUUUCCCCCACACACAAAGAAAAGUCUAUCAAAGAAUAUUAUCUUUCUGAAUCCAUCUCUGAUUAAUUCUGAAUCACUCUUCUCUUUAAAAAAAGUUAUUUAUUUAUAACUUUAUUAAAAAGUAUUUUCUGCUUUUCCCAGAGCUAGAAAUGAUUUCCCCAGAUGCUCCCCACUUGGAAAUGUCACAGAAUUUUCCCCGAGAUCCAUGUGAUCAGAUCUUCCAGGGAUAUUUUUUCUAUUUCAUUGACU